AUCAAAGAAAUGUGUAUAGUAUGAGUGGCAACGUCGCUUCUCUAACAAAACUCACGAAACUGGAAACUAUAAUUUUAAAUGUUGUGGAGACGGUUCGGGUAAGAGAUUUAUUAUUUUUAAACGAGAAAGUGCAGGUAUAAGGUGGCUAAAAUAGAAUAAAAUCAAGUGUAUUCAGAAUAAAUAUUAAGUGUGUACCCUUAAAGGGAACGAAAAGAUGAAGAAAGGAAACGAACUUCACGAUUUGGAAUCGCUUAUGGGAACACUAGGCGACUUUGGAAAAUAUCAAGCAUGGCAAUUCUUUCUUCAUAUUUUAUCGGCAUUGACAGCUGGUCUCAAUAUGCUGUCUCUAGUUACAGUAGGUGCAGUCCCAGAAUUUAGAUGUGAAAUUCCUGACUAUGAUGUAAAUAAGACACAUACUCAUCUGAAUGAAACACUUUUAUCGAGGUAUUUCCCCAUUAUGGAAUCAGGUUAUCACGACAAAUGCACCUUGAUGAACAGCACAACGAAUUCAACUUACAAAUGUACAUCAUUUGUUUUUGAUACGACUUAUUAUGGUAAUACGAGAGCCACUGAAUGGCAACUUGUCUGUGAUAGAAGAUGGAUGGGUGCUAUAGCGCAAUCCGCUUAUAUGUUAGGAGUAUUUACCGGCGCUGUGGUGCUAGGAAAAAUGGCAGAUAAAUAUGGCAGAAAACCUAUAUUCUGUUGGUCAGCAGUAUUACAAUUAAUAAUAGGUGUAGCUGUAGCUUUCACUCCCGAGUUUAUAUCUUUCGUUAUAUUGAGGUAUUUUUAUGGUAUAUUUGGAUCGGCAGGAAGUUAUAUACCAGGUUUUGUACUUACAAUGGAAUUAGUCGGUCCAAGCAAACGGUCAAUAUGUGGUGUGGCUUUUCAAGCAUGUUUUGCUACAGGUAUUAUGUUAGUUGCCGGUUGGGGAGCGCUAAUAAAAGAUAGACAAGUUUUACAAAUUGUGUACGGUUGUCAUGCUCUAAUUUUAAUCGGACAUAUUUGGCUUAUGGACGAAUCUCCAAGGUGGCUAUGGAGCAAUGGGCGUAUUCGUCAAUCGGUAGAGAUAGUGAAGAAAGCUCUAAAAAUGAACGGCUCUACUAUUAAUUUAGAUACAGCCGAUUUCGUUAGUAAAGGUAUGGCUGAAGAAAGAACUAAUAACGAAUCUGGAAGCAUAGGGGACUUAUUUAGAACCCCGAAUUUGAGAAAAAGAACACUUAAUGUGAUGUUGUGUUGGUUUGCCAAUAGUUUGGUAUAUUACGGACUCUCUCUCGGUACUAAUUCUUUGGAAGGAAAUCCUUUUCUUAACAUGUUCGUAAUGGCUGUGGUCGAGCUACCAAGUUAUGGUAUAACAGUUUAUUUGAUGGACAAGUUAGGAAGACGAUCAUUGACUAGUGUAGACAUGAUCGUGGGAGGAGUGUGUUGCAUUCUAUCAGCCAAUCUAACAACUGGAGCAGCAUCACUAACAUUCAUGUUUAUUGGAAAAUUUUUGAUAGCCAGUUCUUUUGCUUUAAUAUUCAAUUUCUCCGCAGAACUUUUCCCUACGGUAGUAAGAAGUUUCGCGAUGGGAUUAGGAUCAAUGUGUGCUCGAACAUCUGGAGCACUGACACCAUUAAUCAGUCUUUUGGAUUCUUUCGAUCCAAAAAUACCUGCGAUGAUAUUCGCUGUUAUAUCUAUUGUAUCAGGGUUUCUUGUAAUGUUCCUUCCAGAAACGCUUAAUAAACCUUUGCCACAAACUUUGCAAGAAGGUGAAACUUUUGGAUUAGGAGAUACUAUGUUCGCCAGUUUAUGCAGUAAAAAACGUUCUAUGGUUCCUAAAACUAAACAAAUAGAAGCAGAACAGAUGCAGCCACUUCGAUAAAGUUGUGAGAUUUUUAGUCUAUACAUGGUAAUGGAUGGAAUGGUUACACCCAAAAAUGUUAGUGGAGUGAAUAUUUCGACCUCGAUAUACAAUAUUCGCUUAAAAUAAAGAACUGUCGCAUGGCACCUUCUUUUUGAUGGAAAACCUCAUGGACAAAACGUUCUCUGUUAUUUGUAAUUAUGAGGCUAGUAUAAUCUCUCACAUUCUUCAGCAAUAAGGAUUGUCUUUUAUAUGAUUCUCUUCCAUCCUCAACUUUGCCCUCCAUUAUUAGUUUUGAGAACACAUAUGUAGGACUGUUUUGUGUCUCAUAUUGGGUAAAGUAAUUUAGAAAUGCAAAUAUGCAAUGAUAUUGCAUUUUGAUUCCACAAUUCAACUCUUCUAACUAUGAUCUUAUAAUUUGAUCGUUUUUGAAAUUAGCCAAUAUUAGACAUUAUUUGUUUUCUUGUAAUUAAAAUAACUGUAUAAAAAGAUAUGUUAUUUAAACCUGACAAAUUUUAUAUGUAUUAUUUACAAUAAAAAUUUUAUUUCCUAA